AGCUUCAAGACAGACCAAUUAAUAAACCUUUUCUAAAAUGGAGGGAUUAACUUCCACUUACGACUAUUCAUAUUCUUUUGGUACAAAGACUCCUGAAGACAGUUGCCCAACUGUAGAGCUGCCUUACAAGGACAUUAUCCUGCCUGCUUUGUAUGCAACUGUAUUUCUUGUGGGGACUGUUGGCAAUGCCCUUCUGAUAGCAGCCCUACUUUUCAAGCGACGUGUCCAGAGGUUGAUUGAUAUCUUCAUUGUCAACUUGGCCAUGUCUAAUUUUAUUUUUCUCAUCACAUUGCCCUUGUGGGUGGACAAGGAGAUCUACUCUGGGAUUUGGAGAUCUGGCUCUUUUCUCUGCAAAGGCAGUUCUUACAUCAUUUCUGUCAACAUGCACUGUAGCAUCUUCCUACUUACUUGCAUGAGCAAUGAUCGCUACUUGGCCAUUAUGCACCCGGCAGUGGCACGGAGGAUCAGAUCAAAGCACUAUGCCAUCAUCGUCUGCAUCUGUGCCUGGAUUCUAUCCUGCCUUCUAGGGCUGCCAACCCUUCUGUCCAGAGAGGUGAGGAGAUAUGAUGACAACCCAUAUUGUGUGGACAAGGAGACCACCUUCACCCAGAAGAUUGGGUCACUGCUGCUUCUAAUUCUGGGCUUCUUUGUCCCUCUAUUCAGCAUCUUAACAUUUUAUUGCUGCAUCACAAGGAAGCUUUGUGUGCAUUAUCAGAAAUCAGGGAAACAUGACAAAAAGCUGAGGAAAUCCAUCAAAAUUGUCUUCAUUGUAGUGAUUGCUUUUGUUUUAUCAUGGGCUCCUUUCAAUGUUUUUAAGUUUCUAGCUCUGAUGUCCCACAUUCAGGACUUGAAGCCACCUUUCUGCCUUCCCUACAAGAUUGCCCAUCUGGGAAUGGAACUAGGAGGUCCAUUGGCAUUUGUCGACAGCUGCACAAACCCUUUCAUCUGUUACUACUUUGAUGACUAUAUCCGUCGUGCCAUGAACAAAUGCACUCUUCUAUACAUAAAGGGCAACAGCCUUGGAACCAGUUUGGACACCUCAGACACUUUAUUCACUUCAUUUGUCCAUGGAGAAGAUGCUUCUAGGAGGAGAAGAAGGUCAGUGUCAUUCUGAAAGAAGCCUUCACGCUGAUGAUGCCUCCAAAUAAAUAUCUGGAAGCAAAAAUGCAAGGGAGUGUAGGGGGCAUGUUGAAAACAUGAGAAAAUGAAAAGAGAGGAUAAUUUUAAAAGCACAUUAAUUGAUUGUAAUGUGAUCAUACUUUGAAUUGGAUAGGAAUUGUACUUAGUUAUUUUUAAUUAUGCAGCUAAUUACAAAAGUUUAAUUGAAAUAUACUAGAUAAUUACAGCUACUGCCAUUCAGUGUUUAAAAUUAGUAAGGAAUAAAAUUAUACGGGACUUUGGAUCAUUAUUUUCACAUUCCUUGGGAAUUGUUUCAACUUACAAAAUCAUACCAGUUCAGACCUAACUUUUCUAGUUCUUCACAAGGUUUAGAAUAAAAACUUAUACUGUAAAGGUUUAUUUAUACAAAGCAUUUCUUUUAGGUUGUAGGUUUCUCAGGCUGUUUGGCUGUGUUGUGGAGCUUGAAAAACCUACAGUAACCAUCGGAUCCUGAUGCCUUUGAGACUAUAGUUCAUUUAAGAUUGGUAGCAUCUUGUUAAAUUCAAAUUGCUUUCUGUUAACUGUAGAAUACUGAACAGUGUAAGAUUCUUUCAAAAUAUACAAAAAUUUUUUGUAUCUAUAA